GAGAACACUCACCAGGGAAGAUGGCGACCGCAGGGUCUGCCGAACGGCCCGGGAGACCGGCCAGCGCUGCGGCCGCCGGCACCUCCCGGGCCAGGCUCGUAGCUCGGUGCCGGUCGGGGUCCAGCCCACCGGAAUACGAAUCCAAGAAGUGUGCGGCGUGCUCGAAGCCCGGCGGCAGCCCCGCCGGCGGACACCUGGCCUGUCCGCUCUGCCUGGCCAGGAGACACUCCGGCAGCGAGGAGCGGCUCCGCGGGAGGAGCGACACCGAGAGUAGCAGCAGUAGGCCGCGCAGGAGGGACUGCGACAGCCGGAGAGAGUUCUUCGUGUCUCCGGCGCUCAUCCCAAAGUCUGCAGACGUUCCUUCGGGCCCAAGUGGGAAACACAAGCUGCUGCUGUGUGAUGACAGAGAUGAGGCGAAGAAGAGGAACUCUCUGAUCUGUAAAGACGAGUCAGUCCGUCAUGAUGACGAGCCGGGAGUCCUGUCUGACUCAGAGAACGAGGAGCCAAUCAGCAGGAGGAUCAGAAACAUCUCAGCCUUCAUCAGGAAAACCAAAAACUCAUCAGCCUUCACUAGUGGUUGUCAGAGGAGUAGGAGCUGCACUGACCCUGUGGAGGACAGAGGAGGAAAGAUGAAGAUUGUCACACAGCCUGCAGCCAUGGUGGACCAAGUUGGUAUCAGCCACAGCUACGCAGCAGGAAUCCUCCUCUCGUCUGAGAACAGCCGCUCUGUCUCCGCCCCCAUCACCGCUCCUGACCGGAGGCUCACCUGGCGAGCUGUCCUGACAUCAUCUUCCUCGGCUCUCCUGUGCCUGCCUCCCCCCCGUCCGGAGCGCUCCAUCAGCCCUGAAAGCAACGACAGUAUCUCUGAGGAGCUCAACCACUUCAAGCCCAUUGUCUGCUCGCCGUGCACGCCACCCAAACGCCUCCCAGAUGGCCGCCUAUUGGAGCCCACCAUCGUCAAGUCUACGCCCAGGAAUCUGACUCGCGGCCUGCAGAAGGCCACCAGCUAUGAAGCCAGUCCUGCUGUCCUGCAGAAGUGGAGGCAGAUCGAGCUGGACCGCCAGAGCCUCAAAGUGAACUCCAAGGCCACGCUGACGAGUCCUGUCUCUGAGCUAUACCACAACAAGGCUAGCGGCGGGGGCGAGGACACAAAAACGCACCAGUCCCCUGCAGGAGAUGCAGUGAUGUCCAUGAACAAGAGGAGGCUGCUGUUCGACUCUCCAGCUGGAGACACAGACAACUUCCAGAAGCAGUCAGUGAAGAUUCGGGUGCCUGCAAUCCGCUACAGCAGUGAGACGACUUUCAGAGGAGGUUGUGGCUUUGAGCCGCCAGCCGGCACUCCUGAGUCCUGCAGCACGGGGGCGCUGUUCAGUCGGAAACAGUCGUUCUCACCAUACACAAAGAACUCCGGUUUCCAGUCAUGUAAGUUAAUGCCAAAGGACUCGCAAAGUCCUAGGAAGGAGUCCGACAGUAGCAUCCAUAACCAGACUACCUCAAGGAGGGGCAAGAAGAGGAAACAGAAGACCAAACACCUGGACUCAGGCCGGGAUUCAGACCUCAAGAGGAGCCGCCCUGUGAGCCAGGAAGCCUUGGACGAACGGUACAUCUGUCAGAUCCAGCAGGAGCGUCAGGAUCGAGCUCUCGCCCUGAAGCUGCAGAGACAGUUUGACCGCGAGAACCAGAAUCGCAGGAGGAGCCCCGACAAGUACUUCCUGCGGUCCUGGAUGUCCACUCAGAACCGCAGGAGGCGUGGCCUGAGGAGGUCCAGACGAAUCAACAAGAAGCACUAGAUGGACAGGAAGGAGCUCGUAUAUGCAAAGACACAAAAGGCGAAGGUUUAACGAACGUAUGAAUGUUUUCACUCGUCUAAGAAACGGGUUUAUAAAUCCUGGAGACGUUUCUUCCAAACACCAGCAGAUCACCAAAAAACUAAACUCACUCAGCUGCAGAACAACCCCUGCAUUCAUCAUCAGAUUGAACGUCCUGAAACCUGGAAGUGUUUGCAGUUUGAUGAGUUAGUACUCUGAGAGCCACAGACAGGCUUGUUCUGAGUAUUUUUACAGAUUAAAUGAUGAUUGAGACUUUUCUCUUCCGCUGGAACAAGGAAGCCCUUCGAAGGUUCAAUGAUGAUCAAGAUGUGGGCAAAUAAAAUGGUUGGAGACCCCGGGGGCAAAGAGGUGUUCGUGUUGAGCUUCCAGGAUGAAUGUCAGGAACUGAAGGUUCCUUCUAUAGAUGUACCGAUGUACGAGCUGAACAUCUGCUUGGUCCUUUGAUUUUGUAUAUGAAACCCGAAUUGACAAAAAAGUUAAAGUAUUUUCUAUUGCAAAAAUAGAUGAUUGUUAUCUGGCUUUGGCUAAAACCUCUUCCUUUAUUGACUUUGAGUGUCCCCUGAUUGUCAGAACUUUGAAGAAAACUUUCCAAAAUUCCACACUCAUAACGUGAUAGCUCAGGCCUAGGGACACAUCUCGUCGUUCAUAUGUAUACAUCGCUUUCUACCUGACGCUCACUCCAGGCUCCAGGUGUGUCGGUAACUCUCCACCCUCUCAGUCGGUGACCUGUUGCUGCUCCAGGUUCCUGACAUUCAUUGAUAUUUGAUGGUCGCUGGUUUCUUUCUGCUUUAGCCCUCAGUGGGUCAACAGGGGUCAGCAGUCAGGGACUCAACAACACAUCUUUGCCCCGGGGCUGCUGCAAAUUAACAGUUUUAUCCUCGUGAGAGCAUCCAGACGCUCAGCGGGUUCAUCAGUAUGCCGAAGAGUUCAAAGUCCAGCUGACCUGCGUGUGUUCAGACUACAGGAGGAACCGGGCUCUGGCCUGGUUCUGACAGUGUUUAUCACUCUGAUCAUUCUAUCAUAAGGAGGUAUUCAUGCAGACUUCUUCCAGCAGCUGAGGCUGAUGGGACAUAAAUUUCUCCCAGUACAGCUGCUGGUUUCAUCUUUGUCUUCCAGUCUGGACGUCGGAGCCACUGAGGCUCAUGGGUACUGCAGUUUUUAGAACCCAGUUGGUUUGGAAGGAUUUCUACCUGAACACCGAGGGGAUCAGGAGACUCACCUCGUUAUUCUCCAGGAGAAAGGAGCCAUGUGAUUGGACGAGUUUUAAUGGCCUGUGAUGUCAAAAUGUGUUGCUGUGCUCAGACCAAACAUGAAGUUUUGUCUCAUGUGAGCGUUUAUUGACUAUUUCACAUCCCCUGAUUAUUCACCCCUAACAGCCAAAGUCCAACCAAUCACUGGACUCAAGUUACAUUCAGAUAUUUUACAGGAAGUCCUACGAUUUCGGUCCUGUAAAUUCUGUUCUGUCUGUAUAAAUGUUGAGUCAUACAGCUUUUGUUGCCCACAGAUGCAUUAGUAAGCUUGCUGAUUGUGGGCGUCGGGAGAAUCUAAUCAUAGUCUUGAUAAUUAUUCAUUAACAACAGCCAACUUGCAGUUACUGAACUUUAAAAUGUGUUGGAUUUCUUUGAAACAGAUGAGGGAGGUGGUGGGUUUUCCGUAGGGAAGUCUAGCUGACGGCCAGUCAGCAGCUGGGUUAGAUCGAGAGACGAAGGCCGCUGCCACCGUCAGUCAUCCUUUGACUUCUUUUCAGAGAGAAUUUCCAUUAUUGGCGUAAGCUGAACCAAUCAGUGAGUGAAUUCAAAAUUCAGUGCUGAGCCCUGGCCCCCUCAGAAUCAGCUCUUUUCUUUCUACAACUUUAAUAUAUUUAAUGGAGUCGUGCAGACUUUUACCUUCAUACUGUGAAUAUUUUCAGAAUUCCAAAUUUGGUGUUUUUAUAUAAUUUUCCCAUUUUUAAUCUAUCAUAACUUCAUAAGUUCAUGAAAAUUUCAGGGUGUAAAAUGCUUUUAAGCUGCCACCAGAUCAAUUUCACACCCACUGCAGGGUCACAGACUGAGGACUGUAAAAUAAAUUAAAAAACAGCAAUUACAAUAGGGCCUUCCCACGCGUCAUUCUUGGGCCCUAAUAAUAUGAUACUUUAUUUUUCACUAAAGCUCAGAAGUUGGGCGGACUUGCAUCGCCUGUGACUCAGCUUCGUGUUUGGUCUGAACUCACCUUUAAACUUUAAGUAUUAUGAAGGAACCACAUGGCUUCUGUUUGCGGGUCGGACCAUCGCAGCACUUACUGGGAGCUUUUUCAGUGGAGAUGAUGGAACAGCGAUCGAUCUGCUUCAUCUGUCUGCUGUUUUGUAGCUCCUGAUGCACAGAAGCGCUCAGCCUGUUUUCCUUUGAGUGAGCUCCUACAGUGAGAUCGCGUCAAAGUCCAGAGGUUUCUGAUGAGACAUGAAUCUGGACUUACUGACUGAGGAAAGUGUCUGAAGUCUAGUUUGUCAUCACCUGCAGACGGUGCAGCCGUGUGGUUUCUUAACAAGUAGGUUUUUUUUUUUCCCUCUGAACAGCAGCCCCCUCCUCAGCUCUGUUCAUGUUUCACCCCGAAUGCGCCGCCACGCUUCGUUCACACUGUACGCAAUUCCGAAAAUUUGCUCCUGGCAGGCUGAACGAAGCUGAGAGGACGGGUCACUGUGGUCAGUAUUAUAAAAGCCAUACUCACACUAUUAGAUUGAAGGUUAGCAAAAAUAAUCUUAUGAUUAACUCCCAAAGUUUGAGGACUUGACUGAUUGAUAGAUGAUGAAAAUAAUCACAAAAAGUAAUAGUAAUAAAAGUAAUCCAUCCAUUUUCUUUUCAGGGUUGUGGGGUGACUGGAGCCUAUCCCAGCUGUCACAGUGCGAGAGGCAGGGUACACCCUGGACAGGUCACCAGCCUCUUGCAGGGCUAUAAUAUAAGUUCAAUAAAAUGUAUCCAAAUAAAAAAAAAUAUGACUAAAAGACACUAAAAUAAAUGUGAGGGGAUGGACAAACUGAGGAAAGAUCCAUUAACAGUUUGUGAUGCUGCAAAUGAAGAAGAACGCUGCUGACUGUCAUAAGGACAUGUGGGAUGGGCUGCUGUAGUUAUCCUCACUGCCAUAAGGGGGAGCCAUAAAAACACCUUCCCCCUGUACAGCUGUUAUGGGGGGGGGGGGAAUCAGACCAAACAGUUUCUGUAUCUGGCUGUAAACAUGUUUAUUUCUACUGUAAAGUUGUAAAAUGUCUCCCUGUGGAGCCUCUGCUGGACAUGAACUGCAGCUGUUGUGCUUUGGGUUGAUGACUGGGUUAAAUGAUGAAAAUGUCCCUGAUGUUUCCCCUCUGAUGUGAGUAUGGCUCCCCCCCCCCCCCCCCCC